GCUCAGAGGAGGACAGCUUGUGGGUCGCCAUGCUCGCCGGCGGGAGCGAGGGCCGCCAGGCAGCGGCGGAGGAGGUGGUGUUGCUUGCUGCGGCUGUAGCUAGAAGAGGGAGGGCACCACGAGGUUAGGUCUUAAAUGGCGGGGGUAGGCGUGGCUUAGUAGUUGACCUCCGUGGUGUAUGGCGGCGUUGGUUGACCAGACCACGAGGCAUACACUGGGGAAUUCGCGGAGUCGGCUACUCGGCGACAAAUAGCGUUUGUAGGGGAGAAAUCCACUACAAUAGCUCCCCUACAUGUCCGAGUUUAGAGCCACUGCUACCCAGCGAUCCAGGAAAAUGUACUCGAUAUCUCUCCAGGAAGUCAGACCUUAAUUUGAUGACGUGUAGUUUUGAGUCUUUACAACAGUACGUAUAUUGUGUUUGUAGUUUACUCCGUGCUCGCGAUCCUGAACGAAUUCGAGUGCCAACGACUCUGCGUGUGAUGAGUUUAUUGCAAAUGCCUCGUCGGAUACGACGUGUGUUAAUGUUUGUCUCCCUGGCCCUUCUGGUACUGUGGGCACCAGUACGCCAACUCUAUGCUCCAAUGGAACCAUAUAAAUCCUCCCCAGUAGCUGAUAUGUCUCCAAUAUCUUACAUGAGAGGAACAGUGCCCCCCACACCUGGGGAAUUGAGAGUCAUCUCUCAAGAGCCGUUAAAAUACAAUAUAUCUUUUUCUGGUGAGUCCCUGGAAGAGUUGCAGAGUCUAGUGAGUGACCUGAUCGAUGUCAUGACGCAGCCAACCUACUCUUGCAGAAAAUUCGUUAGCCAAGGAGGAACCUCCUGCCAGAAGAUCUUUGAUGGACAAAAGAUGGUGUGUUUGGACAUGUUCGAAAGUAGGCCCAGCAACUUCUGCAUGGUGUAUUCAUUCGGUGUUGGCCAUGACUUGAGCUUCGACGCAGACAUGGGCAAAUUAGGUUGUCAGGUGUUUUCAUUCGAUGAUGAUGCCUCCCAUGACAUCUAUAAGAGGGAACCUUUUCCCAGGGUACAUUUCAUCCAUGUUCGCAUAGGAGCAAGCAGAGAUGUUCAGCUGUUGAAUAGCCAUGAUAAAUUCAACUUACCUCACAUGUACCUGUACAGGCCCUUGGAUAACAUCAUGUACCUUCUUGACCAAUUCCGUGCUAACAUAGACUUUCUUAAAAUCGACAUUGAGGGCACGGAGUUUGAUGUACUAGAAGAGUCACUGUUUAAGACGGACGUGCUAGAGAGAACUAGGCAAGUGGCUCUCGAGGUGCAUCUUUCAGCUUUCCUCGACCAAAAUCAACCCAUUCACCACCUUCACCACGCCCUAACCAACUAUACCAGGGUAUUUCGAGGGUUGGAGGAACGUGGAAUGAGGUUGGCGCACUACGAGCCAAACUUCAUCAAGCCCGAGCUGGCCACGUUGGCAGGACGUACCUUCUCUCUCUUCUCUGAACUGGUGUGGGUCAAUGUCAAGCUGAAGGUCACUCCCAAAUACAGAAUGCCUAGUAACAAACUAAUUGAUGAAGUAGAAUUAAACUAGCAAAAGUUGACAGUGAAAUAAAUUAUGUUGUUGCUCACAUGGGUCCAUUUGGUCUAUUGGUGUUACAGUACUGUACUCACCUCAAUAUACAGUAAACCCUUGUCAUUAGCGAUUUUGAUGAUUCGCAGUAGCAGAAGGUGGCUAUAGUGGCUAGCUUGCAAGCCUUUUCCCGCAGCACAACGAGUCUCCCCACACAGAAUCUCGUGUUAUACUCUCAAAACUUUAGUGUUUCUGUCCGAAAUGGCCCCUGAAAGACUGCCUAGUGUCAGUGCUAGUGGAGUGA